UGAGGGCGAGUCCCAUACUCAGUUUUCACUUCACUUGCCCAAACAGUGCGUCUCCAACGUCCAGACAUUGGGGGCGAGGCGUCACCUACGCGGGGGCCGAGCAGAAGUGCGCUUGCUCAGACGUAUCGGCGCAAAAAUUUAAAAAAGCGAAGCGAGCGGAAAAAAAUAACAGAGAGAUCCGAGAUUCCCCGCAGUCGAGCAAGACAGAAACAUUAAGCACUGCAAUGAGCCUGGUGUCGACGCCCCAGUCCGGGCCUCGCUCGCAUGUCGUAGCCGAUCUCGUCUCGGAGACUCGGUUCGUCUCUCCGUCCACCCAGCGCCGGCACGUCCAGCAGACCAGCACCCCGCUGCUCGCCGGCUUCCCAGGCAACGAUGACGAGCUGGAGCGAAGACAGCGCCGCAGGUCAAGGGUCGCUGACCUGCACCUCAGCAGCCUGGACACAUCGCUGGCAGAGUCCCCGGCACAUCGAAGUGUGACAGGGACUCCCGCGUCCGUGCCUAAGCUGUCCAACGCCCAGAUUUCUGAACAUUAUUCCACCUGCAUCAAACUGUCAACGGAAAACAAAAUCACAACCAGGAACGCGUUUGGGCUGCACCUGAUCGACUACAUGUCGGACAUCCUGAGAGAGAAGGACUCGGAGCUCACCAACUUCAAGGUAGCUGCAGGGACCCUGGAUGCCAGUGCAAAGAUCUAUGCAGUGCGGGUCGAUGCGGUCCACGCAGAUACAUACAGAGUGCUGGGAGGACUGGGAAAGGACUCCAAACCCGGGCCAGAGGGGGAGCAAGAGGUCCAGGAGGAGGAGGAAGGCGGGGAGUCCGAGGGGGGGGCGAAGAAACCGAAACGAAAAAAAGCUACCAACAAGAAGACCGUGGAGCAGAACCUGAACAACAUCAACAGCGCGGAGUCCGAGAGGAAGUGUGAGGUGGACCCCAUGUUUCAGAAGAUGGCGUCCUCGUUUGACGAGUCCAGCACUGCCGGGGUGUUCCUGCCGGUGCUGCGCGCUUUCGAUUGCUACAGCGAGCUGCUCUUCCACUCCGACGUCACGCUCCUGCGCUCCGGACCGGCCCGGGAGCUGCCCCCCGCCUCCCGUGUCUCCGUGGCUCGUCUCCGAGCCUCCCUGCAGCAAGCCCAGGAAAAAUCCUCAAUCUGCCCCUCCCUGGAGGAUUUCUCCUUCACUCAGUGGAGCAGCGAGUCUCACGACCAGAACGUGUCGGAGAUGCUGGAGAAGUACAAGCGCAGCGAUCACGUAUUCGACGCCAACGCGGAGCCGGAGAGCGAGCCAUGGGACUGCGGGCCCAGGGGCGACGAGGACUUCGACGGCGACGACUGCGAGGAGGGGAAGGAGGGAGAUGCGAGCCGGGACGCGGAGCGGCGCGAGGGCUGCACCGCCAGGGAGCGCAACCGAGAUGUUAUCUCAAUCGGGGAGGGAGAUAUCGGGACCAUGUGCCUGCAGCUGUCCUCCAAACCCGGGGAGUACUCCUACUUCAGCCCCAGGACCAUGUCGAUGUGGGCAGGACCCGGCCACUGGCGCUUCAAACCACGACACAAGCAGGAUGAGGUCCCAGAGAAGGAAAGGAAGACCAGGAAAGCCAAGAAAGUUUUCGAGCUGAACUUUGACGAAGACGUCAACUUCGAGGUCUACUUCCGGGUCACCAGGGCAGCAACGACCUUCGCCAAGUCUGCCCUGGACAAGCAGAACAAGAAGACAACUCUGCCAGCAGACUUCCACUACGAACCAGACCGGCUCCUGAGACUGAGCCUGAAGCCAGCCAGCACGCUCUCAAAACUGUCGAAAAAGCGUCUCUCUGGGGAGCAUGACGAAGGGAUCGGGGAAUACGACUAUAACAACCCCAACGACACCUCCAACUUCUGCCCAGGGGUGCAGAUGGGAGACAGUGAUGAUGAGGACGACCACAGUGGCUUCACGGGUCCGGACGGCAUGUUUGAGAUGACUGGUCACCCUGGCGCCGGAGAGAACGGGCUGCCGGGCAGCGCCAGCGGGGCGGACAUCACCUCGUACGGGGAGGACAACCUGGUGGCAGAGCCACAAAAGGUGAAUAAAAUCGAGCUGAAUUACGCAAAGACAGCGAAGAAGAUGGACAUGAGGAGGCUGAAGAGGAGCAUGUGGUGUCUGCUGACAGACCGGGAGGACAAGGCUGUGGAGCAGGUGGAGGAGGAGCAGAGAGAGGUGACGGGAGAGAAGACUUUCUGUAACUCCACCAGGGAGCUGCUGCACAGGCUGCCCUCUACGAUGGCACAGAACCUGUCUGUAGCUCUGGCCUUCUCCGCUCUCCUGCAUCUAGCCAAUGAGAAGAGCCUGGAUUUGCAGAAGGUGGAAGAUUUGUCCGACAUUCUCAUAAAACAAGGCCACUGAUUUUACAUAUAUAUAUAUAUUACUGUGUUUUUAGGGUUACAUUUUGUUCAAUUGUUUUUACGGAUAUUAAAUAUUUUGUGACUUUUACUGUCUUCGGAAAUUAUUAUUAUUUUUUUUAUGAUCCUUUUUAUAGCUGUCUUCUCCGAAAUAUAAUUUAACAAAAAUAACACGCCGUGAAGACUCCCUUACUGGCUGUUAGAUUUGUUCUUUCUCUCUCUCUCUCUCUCUCUCGACAUUGAAACAACGAGUAAAAGGGAACGGUCCAAAACACCUGUAGGUUGUGCGAAGUUACAGCGGCUGUUUCUGGUUUCAAGUGUUUGUUUUCCCCCCUUCUGUUGCUGCCAUAUUUAGUAGCAAAAGCUUGUUGAAAGACAUGAAACGGUAGACGCGUCGGUCCAGACGUGACAAAGAGAAGAGCCCUUUUAUCAAACUAAACAAUAACGAAUCGCAAGACCUUUGUAAUCCUACCCCUUCACCUGAAGAGGAGACCUCUCAGGUCUGAUUUAUGAUAGUUUAGUGCAGAAACAGGCGUUGCAUCUGCUGUAGCAAACAGUAAAGUCGCGCAUUCUCGCUUGCCCUGUAGAGCAGACUGCAUUGCACGAAUGCUUUUGAAUCUUUUAGGAGAUCGUCACUCAGUAGAAUUAUAAAUAUGCACGAAAGGGUUAAACUUAAAAACAAACAAAACCGUAAUCAACGAUUUGUAAAGGAUCAAUAAUGCGGGACUGCCGUUCCUGCUUUUAUAAAGAAAAUUCACUUCUCUGUAUUUCCUCUUCUUAUUUUAACGCCUCUUCUGUGUUUAUCUCGACUGCUUUGUUGUGUGUCGGGUUUGUAUGUCAUGUGAUUUUUAUUUUUAGCUUUUUUUUAAAUGUUAUUCUCAACUGUACAGUUUAACUAAAAGUAUUUCACGUCUUUUUAAAGAGUCUCGCUCCCUUAAUAAA